GUAUAUUUCAGUUUCGACUAGUCGAGCCAACCCGAGCGCUCCGGUGAUCAUGGAGCCGCAGACUCUUACUGAAGCCUCUGUCGCCGGAAUUGAGCAUUUAGUUGACGGUUUGGCCAGGUCACUCUCCAAAAGGACAAUUGCCAAGUUCGCCAAGUUCUCAGAACUUCCUCUGGAACUUCGUCGCCUAGUCUUCCUGUAUAGUCUACCUUCAGAGACACGAAUCCUCCCAGUUGAGCUCACCCUCAGAGAAGCUGACGAAGAGUUCGGCUUGUGCUUCACCUUUGCACUAAGCCCAAUACAGCAACCACUUCGAGCUAACGCCGCAGCUGAUCCAUUGGACAUUGCUCUACUGUCUGCCUGCAGGGAGUCACGUGAGGUAUAUCUCGAGAACAACAAGCACAUCCUACCAGCAGGUUUCAAGAGCGUCAUCAGAUAUAACCCCAAGAAUACGAUGGUUCUCAUCCAGAACUUCCAAGACCUCCAGCGCACUUGGCAGUUCGCUGAAGGAAUUGAGAAGGGCUGUCACAAGCAGAGGUGGUUCAGCGAGAUCAAGCAACUGGCUGUCCCGAUCUGGGCAUUCCUGGUAGAUCUUGAAGCUGUGGAGCUGAUUUGGGGAGAUGAUGGUCAUGGUGACAUGAUGAGUGCUUUUGAGAACGUGGAAGUCUGGACUGGUGUCGUCUUUCCUGGUGAUCUGUGCGGAGGAAGAGAGGAUAUUCAGAGAGGGCAUUUGGAGAUUAUGGCGGAUGUUGUUCAGCAUGAGCUUUUGAGCUAUCGGCGACUGAGCAACCCUGACUACAAGGUGCCGGUUGUUGAAGUCUUAGAAAUUAUUGAGUGCAAUGAUAGCAACACAUAG